AUGGACGGCUCCGAGCACAGUCGGCCGUCUUCGGAAAGAGAAAUUUUGAGAAAAGAAGACGCCUAUCAAUUCCCUUUGGUGGGUAGCGUUUCGCUGUUUUCACUCUACUUAGCCUUCAAGUUUCUCGACAAAGAUCUGGUCAACUUGCUGAUCGGAGCCUAUUUCGCCGUAGUUGGCUGUAUCGCGCUCACCAUGACGAUCGCUCCGUUGGUGGAACGAGUAACUCCCCCCUUCUUUCGUCGAUCCGUGGGCUGGGAUUACAAACUCAAGCACCCUUUACCGGAAAUAAUUGCUGGCCCAAGUCCGUGGGAUCUCGGCCUGGAAAUUACGGGCGCCGAAAUUGUUGCCUUCCUCGCGGCAGCGGUUGUGUGUGGCUUAUACUUGCAGUCAAAACCUUGGUAUCUCAACAACGUCCUCGGUAUAAGCUUUUGCCUACAAGGAAUCGAACGGUUUAGCCUCGGAACCUACAAGAUUGGGGCCAUCUUGUUGAUUGGGCUGUUCUUUUAUGAUAUCUUUUGGGUGUUCGGAACGGACGUUAUGGUCACCGUGGCCAAAAACUUGGAUGGUCCGAUCAAGAUUCUCUUUCCUCGCUCGUUGGAAGUCAAUCCUGCAACCGGGAAGCUUGACCUCUCCUUGCUGGGCCUUGGGGACAUUGUGAUUCCUGGAUUUUUCCUGGCCAUCUUGCUGCGCUUUGAUGCUCACCAGGCCAAAGUACCGGUUAACGUACCGACCGACUUUCACGCCUCGUUCCCCAAGCCGUACUUUCAUUCGGCGCUCCUGGCCUACGUUGCCGGACUUGGAGUGACAAUGUUCGUCAUGAUUCAGUUCAACGCCGCUCAACCCGCCCUGCUUUAUCUAGUACCAGCGUGUCUCGGCAGCUCGUUUCUGUGCGCAUUGGUUCGGGGCGAAGUGAAGGAAUUACUG